CACCGAUUCCGCAACGGGCACACGGAAAGUAUCAUGGCGCCGUCCUCCUUGCCUGCGCAUGUUGACAUGGACGUCAUCUCCCGACUUUUGCAGGAUGUCAACGAACAUGUGCAGGCCUUUGGCUCGGGAGAUCUCAAGACUCGCGAGGCCGCGAUUGAGGCGUGUCGCUCGCUGGCCUCGGCCCUGGAGACUCCCAGCGAGGCGGUGGUGAGGAUGACAUGGGUUGAGCCCAGUCAUCUUGCCGCGCUGCGCAUGGCCGUUGACCUGCGGCUCUUUGAGCAUCUUGCAGCAGACAAUGGCUGUCCGAAAACAAGUGCCCAGAUUGCGGCAGCGUGCUCAGCAGAGCCUUGGUUGGUUGGGCGGAUGAUGAUGCAUCUCGCGGCGAUGAACACUCUUCGUCAAGUCGAUGCAGACAGCUACGUGCUGAACCCAUUUGCACAAGCCAUGACAAAAUCCAUCUUCAGGGAGAGCGUUGUUCUGAUGCACGAUAUCUGUAUCCCGAUCAACAUGAAGACGGCCGAGUUCUUUGCAGAGAAUGGCUAUACCAGCCCGACAGAUCCCCUCAAUACACCGGCGCAACAUACAUUCGAUGCGAAAGGCAAGACACAUAUCUUGGACAUAUUCGCGCAACGUGGGCAGACCCAGGGCCUUGCCAGUAUGAUGGCUACGUGGAUGCUCGACCGACCGCACUGGUCCGACGAUGACUUGGGAUUUUAUCCUGUGAAGCAGCGACUAAUACAAAGCACGACCGGCGACGACGAUUCGGUCUUCCUGGUGGAUGUUGGAGGCAGCGUAGGGCACGAUCUGGAAAAGUUCCUCGUUCGACACCCGUUCGACAGCUUCCCGGGCCACCUGGUCCUUCAGGAUCGGGCUGAAGUCAUCGAUUCGAUUCCCGAGAACAGCUUAAAGGCUGGCCUUCGCGCCAUGGCCCAUGACUUUUUCACCCCACAACCGAUAGAAGGGGCGAGAACAUAUUUUCUGCACAGCAUAAUCCAUGACUACCCGGACGACCGGGCACGGUUGAUUCUGAAGAAUAUCGCUCGAGCCAUGAAAAAGGGGCACUCCAAACUUAUCUUGUGGGAUUUCGUGCUUCCAGAAAGGGCCGUUGCCUCAACCCUGUCAGCUCUCGACUGGGAAAUGAUGUCCUUCUAUGCCGCGAGCGAGAGGUCAGAGGGUCAAUGGAAAGCGUUGCUCGAAGAUCCCGACAUCGGUUUGAAAGUCAAUGGGAUCUGGAGCUAUAGUCAGUUUGACCAAAGUGUGAUCGAGGCAGAACUGGCUUGAGGGCCACUCGUUGUUCUCUUCAUAUCCCGAUCAGUUUCCAGCGCGACUUCAGUGGGAAUAGAAGUAGAGAUACGCUCGUAUCUUUGACAUAUACCUUACUUUCAAACAUUGACCCGGCAGCUUGUGUCUCGAGCGAGAAGGA